AUGACCCGACGGGGUAUCGUUUGGCGACAUUCGCUGUAUUAUGGUAUUCGCGACGGGAUCCACGAGAUCAACGGCACGUUUGGCGGGACAUCGGGGCUGGAGCACAUGACGCAGGUGAUGGGGGCUCCAGUGACGGUGGAAACCUGGACGAACAUCGCGACGCUGGCGGUUGUCAUUCUCGUGCUGUUGUACGCGGUAAUUCAGGCUGGGCUUCAUUUGCGAUGGACGCGCGAUUGGUUUCAGCAGUCGGGAAGAUGGAUGAUUGACAGGUCUUCGAAACCGCACAAAGCUACGAUCUGGGUCGCUUUACGGGUGUACCUGAGUUAUCUACUUCUCCCGCUCACGGCGUGGACGACAUAUCAACUUGACAGCGCCAGCGCGCGCCCCGUUUACUACACAAUCCUCGUCAUUGUGGUAGUUGCGUUGUUGAUCAUUGGGUGCUGGUGGGGAAUGUCGCGGAGUCCCCAAGACAUGGGUUAUUUACUAGUCGACAAUCUUCACAAGCAGACACCUGAGGAACCGUCACGAACGCAGGACUAUUACAGCUAUGUCACCUUCAUUCUUCUUUUCGCUCGAGGCGUUAUCAUCGGUGGAUUGCAGCGUUUUGGGACUGUGCAGUUAUUUUCGCUCAUGGCUUGUGAAGUCAUUCAGCUGGGCUUUCUCGCUUGGGCUGGCGCGACAUCUGAGCUGUUAUCAAAACCAGUCUUGAUCGCUGGUGCACGACUUUCAGUGCUUCUUCUCUGCUUGGGAAUGAUUCCUGAUUUGUGGACUCAUAUUGCUGCGAGUACGCUUGGUUAUGUUUUGCUAGCAUUCCAUGCUCUGUUCUUGAUUGGCAUGUUUCUUGUUCCCUCGGCUUACGAGUCUACCCGUCUCGGCGUUACUUGUUACAACGAAUGGCAGACUCCUCAACAACAUGCUACCGACUCUUCACUUGAGCGACCUCAGGUUUACGGCCUUCGCCAACUCUCAAGACGUCCGACAACAAGAACAGACCUGACAAACCAAAGCAUCAUAGAUCACAACAGAAGCAGCAGUCUCUCAAGCUCAGCAAACUCCUCCUCCGACUCCGCCAACAGAUCCUCCCGUGGUUCAGAGCCUGUAUCCCCCGAACUCCUCCGCACAUACUUCCGCUCCCCCCGCCCCGAGCGAUCCGUAUCAAGCCUCUCCGGCAGAAGUCAAUUCGACUCACCACGUGCAUCACGCUCUUCACCUCGCCACCAGCAAUUUCCAUCGUUUGACACCACGCGCCCACCAACAGUUUACGAGAAUCCUGCGGAGAGGAAUUCUGUUGGGUCGAGUUUGA